AUGAUGGAAAUGGAGGCUCAGCCUCAACCUGUCCCCAACGGCAAUCCCUACGAGGAGUUUCGUCGGAUUGAAUCCUCCCGCGCAAGUCAGCGGAAGCGGCGAAAUGACGAAAAGCGAAACGCAGAGUUAGCAAGCCAAGAUGAUGUCUACAGACUUGCGGACAGGCCUCCCCUCCGCGGAGAAGACAACCCUGGCUUCGAGUCGGAGGAAAGCCUCGACGAUCUUCUGGAUGACUUGUCGCAAAUGAAUCCGAAUCUAAUACAAGACCUUGACGUUGUGCGAAGUUUUUUACACUCGCACGAAGUGAAACAGGCGCAAAACCUGAUGAAGUCGCUGCGAGAAGAAUUCCCCGAAGAGCGCUCUCUGGACGAUCCCGCUCUUCUAUCCGAAGCAUUGAAUAAGAGCCAAUCCGUCAAUGCAGGAGAGCUAGCGCUAUGCCUGAACUGCGAGCAGCUGCGAGAAGUAUCCGGAAUCGACGACGAUACCAUUGACGAUCUGGAGAUGGAAGACGAAGCACUCAUGCUUGCCAAGAACUUCGUUGGAGCUGACAUGUCUGAUCUUCUCAAGGCGGUGACGAUCGAUAAGACGAAGAGCGUUUUAGGCGCAACGGUGAAAAAUGUAGACGCAAGUGUUGUCAUCUCCAGAAUUGUUGCUGGCGGGGCAGUUCAACGCGAUGGCCGUCUUCAAGAAGGCGACGAAAUCAUUAACAUCAAUCUUCAAACUGUGAAGGGAAAAUCGGUCGACGAAGUGUGCCAGAUCAUGGAGCAGCUCACCGGCCAUGUGACAUUCGUAGUGAUCGCAUCAGGCAAGACGAACGAGCGGAAUGUUGAAAACGACAUUACUCACGUCCGAACAUUAUUCUCCUACAAUCCAGAAUCAGAUGAAUACAUUCCAUGCAAAGAGUUGGGCCUCUUCUUCAGCAAAGGCCAAAUAUUGAAGAUCCACAAAGGCGACGAUGAGAACUGGUGGCAAGCCUACAAAGAGGGCGAGAAUGACAUGAGCAAUCUCGCUGGUUUGGUUCCUUCCUUCGAAUUCGAAACGCGCCGUCGCGAAAUGAAUAAAGAGUAUGAGCGCGAGCUUGAAAAGGAGAACGAACCAGUUCUCUGCGGCAAAAAGAAAAACAAAAAAGCCAAAAAGUCAAAGAAAAACAAAAAGAAGAACAAAAAAGAUGAAGUUCAGGAAGAAAUAAUUCAUCCUUACGAAUACGUGAAAUUACACCAACAACCUCCAGAUCGUCGACGACCGAUCGUUCUCAUUGGCCCAAGAAAUGUUGGCCGAUACGAACUGCGCGACAAGUUGACGAACGACAAGUACGAGGAGUUUUGCGUACCGAUCGCGCACACUUCGAGGCCGAAGAAAGACGGUGAAACUAACGGACAGGAUUACAUGUUCGUCUCAAAGGAUGCCUUUGAGCAGUACAAAAAGAAAGGAAACUUCGUUGAAGACGGCGAGUACCAGAAAAAUCUGUAUGGAACGUCGAUCGACUCGAUACAACAAGUUAUCGAAAGAGGAAAAACGGCCAUUUGCGUGAUGAACCCGCCGUCUAUUAAGAUCAUGCGAGACAAAAUGCUCAAGCCUUAUGUUAUCUUCAUCAAGCCUCCUAAUAGGGAGCAGAUUCUUGUUAAUCAAAGAAUAAACGGGAAACAGCUCGACGAAGAGACAAUCGCCUCUAUGAUCGACCAAGCACGCGUGAUAGAGCAAGAUUACGGUCACCUUUUCGACGAAAUAAUCAUCAACCACAAUACUGAUGACACCUAUGAAGACCUGCGCAAUAUUAUCAAGAAACUGGAGACGACGCCUCAAUGGGUGCCCGUAUCAUGGUUGGACAUCAAAUACUAG